AUGUCUAAUCAGACUACUCCAGCAUUACGUGCCCUAGCUCAAGAAUUGAACAAGCUGACCAAUGAACCCUUAGAAGGUUGUGUGGUUGGCUUAGUGGAUGAAUCCAAUCUAUUCGAUUGGGAUGUGGCAAUUUUCGGUCCCCCAGACACGUUGUACGAAGGUGGUUACUUUAAGGCAAGACUAAUAUUUCCAAAUGAUUAUCCAUAUUCGCCACCCCAAUUUCGAUUUACAACCAAAUUAUGGCAUCCUAAUGUUUACGAAAGUGGUGAAUUAUGUAUUUCCAUUUUGCAUCCUCCUGUUGACGAUCCAUUUAGCGGCGAAUUGCCGUCUGAACGAUGGAACCCUACACAGAAUGUCAGGACUAUCUUACUUAGCGUAAUAUCGCUACUAAAUGAACCCAACACGUCAUCGCCUGCUAAUGUGGAUGCUUCAGUAAUGUUUAGAAGGUGGCGAGAGUCUCUUGAUAAAGAAUAUGAGCGCAUUGUCAGACAACAGGUAUUGAAUAGUCAACAUGAUGCCGAAAAAGAUGGUGUCCAAGUACCUACAACUAUUCAAGAAUAUUGUUUAAAAACCACUAGGAAUUCUAUUCAAAGUAAAGGAAAUUUAGGAAAUUGUUCUUAUGAUGACGAUGACGAAGACUACUUCUAUAACGACGAUAAUGAUAUUUUGGAUGAUGAUACUAGCCAAGAGAGCUAUGAAGAGGAUGAAUCCCAAGAUGAAGCAGAAGAAAUUACUACAAAUCAAUCAGAAAAUAUUUCUAAUAAUGAGAGCGAAACUUUUUAA